GAACUGUCAACUCUGCUCUCUUACCUGUCGUCUUCUUCUCCGAAAACCUCUGUAUCUCUGCUAGAAAUUACCCGAAAUUGCCUUAAUCGGAUCGCAUCGUUGACCCGAUUUUGACCCAACUCAGCUCCGACAAUGAACGACGCCGAUGUAUCCAAGCAGAUCCAGCAAAUGGUCCGAUUCAUCCGUCAGGAAGCGGAAGAAAAAGCUAAUGAGAUUUCCGUUUCUGCUGAAGAAGAAUUCAACAUCGAGAAGUUGCAGCUAGUGGAAGCAGAGAAGAAGAAGAUCAGACAAGAGUACGAACGCAAAGAGAAACAAGUGGAUGUUCGCAAGAAGAUUGAGUACUCCAUGCAACUUAAUGCCUCUCGAAUCAAAGUUCUUCAAGCUCAGGAUGACUUGGUUAACACCAUGAAGGAGGCAGCAGCAAAGGAGCUCUUAAAUGUUAGCCAUCAUGAGCACGGCAUCAUAGAGUCUAUUCUUCAUCACCACCACGGCGGUUAUAAGAAGCUUCUGCAUGAUCUUAUUGUUCAGAGUUUGCUUAGGCUUAAAGAGCCUUGUGUCCUUCUGCGUUGUCGGAAGCAUGAUGUACACCUGGUUGAACAUGUACUGGAGGGAGUAAAGGAAGAAUACGCAGAGAAGGCAAAUGUCCAUCAACCUGAGAUCAUAGUUGAUGAAAUCCACCUUCCUCCUGCUCCAUCACAUCAUAAUAUGCAUGGUCCAUCUUGCUCCGGAGGAGUGGUGUUAGCUUCUCGAGAUGGGAAAAUUGUGUGUGAAAACACUCUUGAUGCCAGAUUGGAAGUUGUGUUCCGUAAGAAACUACCAGAGAUCCGCAAGUGCCUAUUCGGUCAGGUUGCUGCUUGAGCAGUUGGAACCUUUUCCUCUAUUUAUCCCUCUUGGUUCAUCGCUGUGUGGAUUCUGAAUCGGCGAAUGACUGAAUUCAAAUCAUCAUCCAUCGCUUUGCGUGUGUACUAUUAUUUUAUUUUCUCCAAAAAGACUUGUUUUGCAAUUCUGGAACUGUCUUGCUUUGUUGUGAUUAUUUCAUUUGGUGGAGGGGCAUUGCAACAAAACUUGUGUUAAGUGAUGAUUCUGUGCUGGGGCAAUUUUUUGCAGUAUAAUGUAUGUCAAUAAGCUUGAUUUAUCGGUUGAGAUAUAAAGUUAUUGUGAGUAAUAUCCCUCUGUGUAAUGUGUAGUUAAAUGUAUGCUACUCGAGGAAUUGUUCGAUAUAUUUACAUGAAUAACUUAACUCCUAACCA